AUGACUGCCCCUCGCACAGCCAGCUGGUGGGAACAUGCACGCCAACUCCUUGCAGAUUCCGCGCCGGUCACCCCACAGCUCCUCGUUGCCGCCCUCGCCCACGCUGCCGAGACGGCACCAGCGUAUGCACACCACAUGCCCGACCUCACCGCGCGUAUCAGCAAUGCCGGGCUCCCCAACGGCUCUUGUGUGCACGUUGGUUGGGCCGUGCGGCAAUUGCGAGAGCCGGAUGGUUACCUUUUAUCGCCGGUGCAACAAGCCCUUUUGGUGUGCUUCGGCGGCCUCUCGCUGGUCUUUGAGGUCGACCGCCAUUCCGACCAGUUCCGACCGGCCCCCGCACCGGCUCCCCUGCCACCUCCAGCGGCUGCACCACCGGCGCCUGUCCCCUCCCCACAAGCUGCCGGAAAUAUGCCGGAUGAGCCAUUACAGGAGGCAGCCGAGGAAUUGGACGCGCCGGGCGAGGUCGCCGGGGACGUUGACGCGGACGACGGAGCCUCGCUGCCCCCGAAGCGGCUGCACGCGGCGGGAACGUGCGCAUGCCAUUUGCGCGAAGGCCUGGCCUCCCUGGACUCUAUCUGCCUGCAGACAGCUUGCCGGGUGCGCGCGCUCACGCUGCAAUCACCCCCCUCGCGUGCCCGUGGAGCCUUGCGCACCGCGCUACGUGCAGGCCUGCGGCUCGCCGUGCACCCUACCUGCCCUGAAGACGAGGUGCGCGGCUGGAAGCUCUUUAUGCUCGCACCCCGUAUGCUCCUUCUUACCGUUCCCCCUGCGAAGCUCGCGUGCCACCGGCUGAGCUUGACCGAGGCAUCGAAGCUAUCCGAGCCGGACGCUGGAGUGACCUUCGGCCGCAGCUGCCGCUGCCCCUAG